CGAUUGACGCAAUGCUUGUAUGCGUUCAGUGAGUCAAUCACAACAACAACACAACUGUCAUCUCAACACACCAUCCAUUGAAUCCAUUGAAUCCAGUGAUACCAUCACUCAAGCCAUGGACCAAAUGGAUGAUAAUAACCUUCGCUACGAACUCGAGUCACGGGGACAGUCCAUCGGACCCAUUGUCGACUCGACUCGUGAGUUGUAUCGACGACUCCUCAAGCGAUUGAUGGACGAAGAGUUGGAUCAACUGAUUGGCGGACAGCAGGAGCCCAUCGACGCCGACGACGACACCGAAGAGGAGGACGAGGAGGAAGAGCUGGACAUCCAUUCAGUGAAUUCCGGCGCGAAGACAGCGAUUGAACCGAAAUCGUCGUUC